AUGCCUGCAGCUGGACUCACCAUCCCACGAUCGCAAUGGCUGGAACACCAGCAAACCAUCCAUGAUCUCUAUGUCACCCAAGGCCUCGAGUUGAAAGCCAUUCGUCAACACCUCAUCGACCACCACUCCUUUUCUGCAAGCAUCCCACAGUACAAGCGAAAACUCAAGGAAUGGAAAUAUGUCAAGAACCUCAAAGCCUCUGUCUGUCGAGCAAUUGGGAGCGGAUUGGAGCGGCGUGGCCUGACUCACGAUACCGCAACCGCAACUAACGACGGUCUCCAACUCCAGAUGGCGUUCAAAUUCACAAGAAACCAGAUUCUCCCGAUUUAUCGAGCUCUCCUGACGGCGUCUCGCCAGCGACGGUCUACUGCCCGCUUGAUCUAUCGACAUCACAUGUUACCCAGCUGCUAA